GGUUCUUGUGGCUUAAAUCACAUAACAUUGUUUAUGAUUUUCUGGAGAACUUUGAAAGAUACCUUCAAGAGACUGAAAAAGCUGAGUCUAUAACACAUCAAUUAGUAAAAGUUCCCGUCGGAGGUGAUUAUGCUCUUGGAAAGUUUUUUUACGAAAUUCUUAUAUCCCAUAUAAGGAGUACAAAGGACUUUAUGGCUCCUUUUAUGAAUAUAUCAUAUGAAGAAUUUGAUAACUUGGUAAAUGGCGUUGAAAUCGAAACACAAAUUAAAG